AAGCACUUAUGGUUUUGCUUACUUAGGUGGUCUCUAAGUAUUGCGAAGCCCUCGAGCUCCUGAGACCUUACCUGGAGGUCGGUAUCCAGGAUAGCAAUCGCGACCUACAACACUUCGUCGCCCCGGCUCGGCUCCCAAAGACCAACCUCGUCGCCCCGGCCCGGCUCCCAUCCUUCCGACCGUUCCAACCUCCGACCGAUCAAUCGCUCCAAUCAAUCGCCCCGACCAGUCGCCCCGAUCAAAGAACCCGACUGGCCAGUCGCCCCGAUCAAGGAACCCGACAGGUGGAUUGAAUGGAUUGAAUGGAUUGGAUAG